AAUAACUUAUACAGUAUGAUUCUGUCAACACUUAGUUUCGCCGUGCACAUUCUAGUGUCGUCGUUCAGGGUGUUCACACCACUAACUCAGGUUCUCGAACUUGUGCUACCUUAUCGCAACAUGGGCUCUAAAGCGUUAAAAGGAAUUAAAAAAAUUAAUUUCAACACAAAGCAUCUCAAGAAAGGGGAUCCUCUUCCGCCAUUCAAUGGGAAAUUGCGCGUCUAUAACAUGCGGUACUGCCCUUAUGCCCAGCGGACUAUCUUAGCAUUGAACGCCAAACAGUUGGACUAUGAAGUAGUUAACAUCGACUUGAAAAAUAAGCCUGAAUGGUUGACAGCAAAAAGUUACUUCGCGAAGGUGCCAUCGCUAGAAAUUGCAGAGAAUGUUUGCAUUUACGAGAGCCUUGUGACUGUUGAGUACCUGGACGAAGUGUAUCCUCGUCGCCCACUGCUGCCCAAAGACCCACUGAAGAAAGCUUUUGACAAAAUUAUCAUUGAAGCUAUUGGACCUGUGCACACUUUAUUCUACAAGUUAAUAAUGAAUCCGGAGAGCCUUACUGAGGAUCAUAUGACAGCGUUCCAUAAGGCUCUUACAUUUGUAGAAGAACAACUCAAAAGUCGUGGCACCAAGUUCUUGGACGGCGCGGAGCCGGGCUACGCUGAUUAUAUGAUCUGGCCCUGGUUCGAGAGAUUGCUGGCAUUUAAGGAAAAGGACGACAGGGCUACGAUCGAUGGACAAAAAUACAAACUUUUGACGAAGUAUAUAAAUGAUAUGCUGGAAGAUCCAGCUGUGAGCCAGUAUCUGGUGCCCAAUAAUAUCCUGUUCCAAGUCAUGGAAGGCUAUCAACCAGGAAAAACUCCAAACUAUGACUUACUUCUGGAAUCUGAAUAAAUAAAGUGACAUUAUCACUAUAUUUCUUAUUGUCAUGUAUUAUAAAUAUUAUGAUUUCACAGAAAAUGCCUCUUUUCAAGCGUAUUUACUUACAGCUAAUAAUAUUCUAUAAUGACAUACAAUU